AUGACUUGGCUACGACUCUUUCCUUUGAUGCCGGUUUUGAGGUAUGGACUAAUUCCCCUGGUCCGGAACAGGGGAACACCCCAUUCGGUAGCAGAAGAACAGACCUUACCCAUGAGAAAAGGACCGAGGACUCCUAGGCCUAGGCCUAUCGUGCCUAUGCCUUGGCCUAGGGUGCCUUGGCCGCGGCCCCAAAUCAUUUACAUAUACAAGAGAAAAGAGCAAAUAUCAACAUCAGUUAACGGGGAGAUUGAAAGCACAAGGGGCGUGAAAAGGAAGGUCGUUGAUGUACUAAGUUUGUUAGAGGAGAGGGUCACUCAAAUUCUCGAAAGUUUAGGAGACGAAUUCCCGAUCUUUAUCAAGGAAAUGGGUUCUGAAGACGUAACUCAAUUUUUUAUGAAUUUCUGCAGUGAAUUCGCCAAGUCACACCUACCAGAACAUACUGCAGAUAUCACACUCAUCGAUGAAGAUGGAAUGGGAUAUUCUACAAAAUAUUUGGCAGCCACUACAAGAUUGAGUGCUAGGUGGAGGCGCUUCUCCAUUGACCACAAACUUGUGAAGGGAGAUGUCCUGAUAUUUCAAUUAAUCAGCCAUCUAACUAUGAAGGUGUAUAUAGUAAGAGUUCAAGACGAAUCUGAACGUCUCGAAGCUGCUCAUAAUCUUCUGGAUUUGGCUGGCCAAGGUAAUAUGAAAAAACAUUGUCAAGGCAGCUCCUCCAAGGCGGUGGUGUGCACGACUAUUGAAAAGGACUCGGCUCCUGCUCCCGACUUUAAGCCGGACUCGGACUCAGAAUCAGACUCGGAUCCUGACUACAAUCCGGACUCCGAGGCUUGA